CCCUCCCCAAAUUUUGUAUAGGUGAAUUUCCUGUAUGGUUAAGACGACUUUUUCUGCUGCGGAUUUUGCUUUAAAUUUCAGAUUCAGCGUCAUGGCUUCAUAAAGGGACAUCAUGUUGAGGGUACAUCAUUGUGCGGAAAGAGACGUUAUGUUGAAGCUGCAUCAUUGUGCGGAUAGCGGAGUCACAUUAGAAUUGAAGUCUGAUACCGCUUGCUACGGAAUAACUGGGUUGGAUAACUUUCUGCAGCCCUCGUGUCCUGGCACUGAGAAGAUCGCGGUGAGAGCAGUCUACACUUUAUCCAAAUACAAGUCGUCCGGGUGUCCCCAGCAGCAGACAGGACCCAUUAAUGCCACCUGUUGUCAGUAUGACGUCAAUGACUGUACGUACCUGUAUGAUUCUGGAUCAUACCGGACUUACUAUCAAACCUGCAACGGAAAAUCAUCAUGUCUUAUACAGGUGUCCUGGAUAGACCUGCCUUCUCAGUGUGACGCGACUUUGUAUAUUGAAAGAACGCAUUACAUGAAGAUGGACUAUUACUGUAUUUCAGACCAAGCAGUAGACCCUUGUUCAGACCUAACUACAACAGAUUCUCCUGCCUUUUUCUGGAACACUGGCUAUCCAUCGGAAAUGACGUCAGCAAGCACUUCCUGCUCCUGUUCUGUGGAGUUGUCUUGUAACACAACUGUUCAAAUUACAGCUCUUGAUCUAAAUUUUAGAGACGCCGGUUCCUGCCAACAGUCUCUGGACAUCACUGACGGCAGCUCUUCUCUUACCCUGGACUGUACCAGCAACAACGACUUAUUACCGAAGGUCAUCUACACCAGCUCGGGUCAUUUCAUCACCAUAAACUUCGUCAAUAACCUCGGGACAAGUGGUGGGAAGUUUUUUAUUCAAAUACAAGGACUAAACCCAACAGGACAGAUCACCCUUUCCUGUGGGACAUCAGCUCUUUCUGUGUCGUCUGUGAAUCCCAGCAGCCUGACGUCCUGUCCUACAGAGGGAGGACUGACCAGCACAGUGUCCACAACACAGUCUACUACUCUAACCAAUUCAUCAUCAGCAACAGAAGUUUCAACUUCAUCUUCUUUGUCAGCAGAAUCCUCCAUUUACUCCUCCACGGAAACGUCAACAGAAAUCUCGAGUUUGUCUUCAACAGAAAUUAUUUACUCCUCCACGGAAACGUCAACAGAAAUCUCGAGUUUGUCUUCAACAGAAAUUUCAACAACACUAACGACUGAUGACACAACAUUUUCAACAGAGACUUCAAACCUCACUUCUAGUGUACUUGAUGCUAAUACAACUUUGUACGGAAAUGUUACCUUACUUUCGACAGAUUCGACGACUGAUUUGAACGUUUCAACUCCAAAUACCUCUGACAUGACACCCGAGUUUACAACAUUAACAUGGAUUAGUACUGAAGACUACUUCACAGCUUCAGAUACCGACGUCACUUCCGGACCCAGUGAUUCAACUCCCAUAUAUGUUAUCCCCGUUGUGUUACUGGUGGUGGUUUUUGCAGUAGUGACGUUGCUACUCUUCUACAAAGAUAGAAUCAAGGAAUGCUGCUGCGGGAAAAAAGAGGUCAAAGGUGACGUGGAGGACACUGACAGUGAGAUUAACCCCAUAUUUCAAGUAAAUCUCGCUGACCAUUCCAAAUUCCAAGCUCUUCCUCCUUUAAGACACGAUUUAAAACUUAAAACGAAUGAUUUGGAUAAUCCAAGGGCCAUUACUCGUGAGCAUGCGCUUUUCCUCAGAGCUAAAGAGCGUCAUCAGAGCAGAACGUUACUGAGAUUAUCCAGUGCAUCGCGGGAAAUAGACACCAUAGAAACGGUCAGGAAUGAAAGUAAAACUAAGAAAAAACUUAACCAUGCCAAUUUAGAGAGAUCGACAAAUCUAGAUCAAACAGCAACAGGUGUUGGUAUUCCGAAAAGUAAGAUGGUCCAACAAGACGAUAUACAAACUCGGGGUGGUACAAGCGGAGGGCGUAAAAAGAAAGGCAAGAAAACGAGGUUUCAGAGAGGUAUUGGAAGAGGAAAGGUGGCACAAAAAGACGAUCAUCCUACCCCAGAAGUUGUAAAUACUGACGUGCAAAAUUUAACUCAUCCAGUUACAUCAUUAUUAUCCUCCAGGAGAUCAUCAAUUGCCGCUACCAUUGACAUCUCGGACAAUGGAGGUCACCUAGAAAGAAGUGUUUUAAUUGAUAGUGUGUCCUUUCGUUAGCAAUAAGACAAAAGAGUAACAUGUAGUUAUAUAUAAAUUCAUACUAAAUUAAAACUUCUUCUAAA